AUGCGGGCCGCAAACCACAGCACAAGCACCAGGAGCGCGGCGAGCAGGGCCACCACCAGCGCGGCCGCCCCCACGGCGCGAGCCUUCCUCCUCUCUGCCGACAUUGUGUACGAGCUGCACGGCACCGUGACGCUAGUCGGGCGGGCGUCGUCGGCAGAUGUAAGCCUUGCGUCGCGCUCAGUCUCAUCGAGGCACGCUGAGAUCGUGGUGGAAUCCGCGAACAGCGCGGGCGCGAGCGCGCUCGUCCGGGACCUCGGCUCGCGCAACGGUACCUUUGUCAACGACAAGCGCAUCCACUUUGCCGAAUACGAGCUUCGCGACGGAGACAUUGUACGCUUCGGCUACGAGCCGCACUGCUAUCUCUUCGCCCGCCCGCAGCGCGGGCCCGACGGCGAGCUCCUCCCUCCGCUCUUUGACGCCUCCGACUUUGAGCGCAGGCGCUCGUCGUACUGGGCGCAGCGAUCAGCGACUCAGCAUCCCGAGCCAGCUGGCGUCUCACCCAAGACCCGUCCGCCACUCGUCCUACCACCAACCUCGCCGGCAGUUGCGUUCUGGGCACAGCUUGGCGACUCGUCGCAGCCGCGUCGGCCGCCGCCGCCGCAGGCUGCCGAUGCCUUCUUCGACUUUGCCUCAACAACACCAGCCGCACCCGCGCGCACAGCGCCUGAUGCCCAUCGCGCACGUGCUGAGAACCACGAGCUCUCCGGAGAGUCAGCCGCACCGACCGUCGCCACAGAGGGAGGCACCCCGCCGUCGUUCCGUGAAGUGUUCCGGCCGGCGGUGGCGGCUGCGAUGGCUGCAGAGAGCAAUGCGCCGCAGCUGUCCACCCAUCCGUUCGCCGCCCUCGCCACACCGUCUUCGCUAUCUGCAGAAUCCUGCAACUCGAGUGACUCCCAGCCGCUCGGCCCUAUUGUCCACGGUCCGAGCUCUCCCGAGUGGUCCAGUAGAGGCAGUGCGGCCAAGUCAGCAGAUGGUGACGACAAAGCCAGGUACGAGCCAUCUCAAGCCGUAGUCGUCCUCGUGUCGAACAAUGAGGCCGCGAGUAGUCUGGGCUCAAGCGAUUCACCGGAGCCAUCGCCGACCCGCUCACUCACGGCAUCGCCGUCGUCGUCUUCUUCUUCUUCUUCUUCUUCCGCGGCGUCGUCCGAAGCCUCGUCUUCGCCGAACAGGUGCCAGCUCGGCGAGACAGCAGCGUCGGAUGAUGGCUUGGCACUGCUGCCGUCCGAGGCGAGUGGCGACGAAUUCCGGAUCGUGAGCGUUGAAAGCGAAGCUGAGUAUCUCGACUCGCCUUUGCCCAUGGACGAGAGCGGCGCGCCUGUGUACGGGCUUGGCCGGCAUCCCACAUUUACCUCGAUACCUGACAUUGUUUCACUCCACUCUGAGUCGCUCCACUUCGAAUCGCUCAACACCUCAAGCGACUCGCUGGCAGAGCCGUCGGUCAACCGGCCGGUCGUCCCGGCACGAAACCAGCAGAGAGGCCAACGGCUGCCGCGACGCGAGGCGGCGACGCAAACGGUAGCAGGUGUGGCGGAGCACGCGACGCGGAUCCAGGCCGCCGACAACUCUGAGCUGGUCGAGUACGUAGCAGUGUUGCAGCAGCAGGUCAAGGUCGCCCGGGCCGAAGUAGUGGCACGCGACCACGAACUUGCCCAGCUCCGCGGCCACGACUGGGUGGUGGCGCUGGAGAGGCAAAAGGCGCAACUGGCGGCGACAGAGGCGCAGCUGGUCCGCUAUGAGGCGAGCUGGGUCGAGGCACCAACCGUGGCGGCGCUGCUUGAACGGCUGGAGCGUGGGCCGGAGCGGUGGACGGCACUGCGGACUCAGCUCGAGCUGGCGCAUGCACAGAUCGACGUGCUCUCGGCCCAGCUCGAGGCGACACAGGCAGCAAUGCAGGGCCACGGGCAGCCGGGCAGCAACGCGCUGCUCGCUGAGCUCCAGGCUCAGGUCGCCACCCUCAGUGCUGAAAACGAGGCGCUGGCACAAUCAGCAUCGUUUGCCGCGGCGUCACGCAACAGCAUCCAGCACCUCCACGACAAGCUUGCCCAGCUCGAAGCUGACGGUGCAGUUGAGACCGUGACCGAGCAGGCUCAAACCAUUGCCGAGCUGCGGGCGCGAACAGCGUUUCUCGAGGCCGAAAACGCGGCGUUGCGCGGACGCAAGCAGCCAAACCUGGCGUGCUAG